GUGCGCUUCCUGGAGCAGCAGAACAAACUGCUGGAGACCAAGUUGCAGUUCUACCAGAACCGCAAGGGCGGAGAGAGCAACCUGGGGCCCCUGUUUGAGGGCUACAUCGAGACGCUGAGGCAAGAGGCUGACAGUGUGGAGGCUGACAGCGGGAGACUGGCCUCAGAACUCAACCAUGUGCAUGAGGUGCUGGAGGGCUACAAGAAGAAGUACGAGGAGGAAGUGGCUCUGAGGGCUUCAGCAGAGAAUCAAUUUGUGGCUCUGAAGAAGGAGGUGGACUGCGCCUAUCUUCACAAGUCAGAUCUGGAAGCCAAUGUGGAGUCUCUGACCCAGGAGAUUGACUUCUUGAGACAUCUGUAUGAGGAGGAGAUCCGGGUUCUCAACUCCCACAUUUCAGACACCUCCGUCGUGGUCCAAAUGGACAACAGUCGAGACCUGAACAUGGACUGCAUCAUCGCUGAGAUCAAGGCUCAGUAUGAUGACAUCGCUAGUCGAAGCAGGACUGAGGCUGAGUCCUGGUACCGCAGCAAGUGCGAGGAGAUGAAGGCCACAGUGAGCCGGCACGGAGAGACUCUUCGACGCACCAAGGAGGAGAUCAACGGGCUAAACCGAAAGGUCCAGAGGCUGACAGCUGAGGUGGAGAAUGCCAAGGGCCAGAAUUCCAAGCUAGAGGCUGCCAUGACCCAGUCUCAGCAGCAGGGCGAGGCAGCCCUCAGCGAUGCCAGUUCCAAGCUGGCUGGGCUGGAGGAGGCCCUGCAGAAGGCCAAGCAGGACAUGGCCCGCUUACUCAAGGAGUACCAGGAGGUGAUGAACUCCAAGCUGGGCCUGGACAUUGAGAUCGCCACCUACCGGCGCCUGCUGGAGGGCGAGGAGCACAG